AUGGCUGAAGCGCCCCAGCUCGUGGACAUCGACCCCGAUUUCGAGCCGCUGCCCCGGCCCCGCUCCUGCACCUGGCCCCUGCCCAGACCGGAGUUCAACCCGUCCAGCUCGGCCACCUCCAGCCCGGCGCCUUCCUGCGGGGGGCAGCCCGACGGGGCCGCCUCUGCCUCGGCGGUCAGCGUCGAUUUCAUCGGCAACCUGAGCCUGCUAGAGGAGAGCGAAGACUUCGAGCCGCCGCCGCCGCUGCCCCCGGCCACCGCGGGUGCAGCAGAAGGGGCCGCUCCCGGUGGCGGCUGCCUGUGCGGGGACUUCCAGUGCCAGGAGGCCGGCUGCCUCCACCAGCAGCAACAGCAGCCCGGACCGCCGCUCCAGCAGCAGCACCCGCCGGUGUCUGCUCUGUCCGCGGGUCCCAUCCCCGGCCAGCCCCGCAAGAGCAGCUCGGCCCGCCGCAACGCCUGGGGCAACCUGUCCUACGCCGACCUGAUCACCAAGGCCAUCGAGAGCGCCCCGGAGAAGCGGCUCACCCUGUCUCAGAUCUACGAGUGGAUGGUCAAGAGCGUACCCUACUUCAAGGAUAAGGGCGACAGCAACAGCUCGGCCGGCUGGAAGAAUUCAAUUCGUCAUAACCUGUCGCUGCACAGUAAGUUUAUCAGGGUGCAGAAUGAAGGAACAGGAAAAAGUUCUUGGUGGAUGCUCAACCCUGAAGGAGGAAAGAGUGGAAAGUCACCUAGGAGAAGAGCAGCGUCCAUGGACAACAACAGCAAGUUCGCGAAAAGCAGAGGAAGAGCUGCCAAGAAAAAGGCAGCCCUUCAGUCAGGCCAAGAAGGAAAUGGAGACAGCCCAGGAGCACAGUUUUCAAAGUGGCCUGCAAGCCCCAGCUCACACAGUAAUGAUGACUUUGAUAACUGGAGUACCUUUAGACCUAGAACUAGCUCUAAUGCUAGUACAAUUAGUGGAAGGCUUUCUCCAAUCUUGCCAGAACAAGAUGACCUUGGAGAUGGGGAUGUGCACUCUAUGGUAUAUCCUUCAUCAGCUACCAAAAUGGCUUCUACUCUACCCAGCCUUUCAGAGAUGAGCAAUUCUGAAAAUAUGGAGAAUCUUUUGGAUAAUCUCAACCUCUUGUCACCUAGUACAUCCCUGACCGUAUCGACCCAGUCUUCACCAGCUACAAUGAUGCAGCAAACACCAGGUUAUUCAUUUGCAUCACCAACCACAAGUAUAGGUUCACCAAAUCCAGACUACCGAAAAUUUACAUAUGCUCAAGCUAGCAUGAACUCUUUGCCCCAGAUGCCUAUGCAAACUCUUCAAGACAGUAAAUCAAGCUAUGGAACGAUCAGCCAAUAUAACUGUCCUGCAGGACUCCUGAAGGAGUUACUAACUUCUGAUUCUCCGCCGCACAAUGAUAUCUUGACAUCAGUAGAUACUGGUGUUUCUCAACCUAGUGGUAGAGUAUUGGGCCAAAAUGUGCUGAUGGUCACAGAUUCAGUGAUGUCAACAUAUGGUAAUCAACCAUCCCACAACAAAAUGAUGACUCCCAGUGCCCACCCACACCAAGGACGUAAUCAGCCAACAGUUGCAGUUAAUGGUCGUGCCUUGUCACACACAGUGAACGCCAUGUCACAUACUUCAGGUUUAAAUCGUUUGUCCACGGUGAAAACUUCAUUACAAGUGCCUAUGAGUCACCCAAUGCAUAUGAAUACAAUUAACCCUUAUGCUGCUGUUAACAGUUGCAAUGGCUAUGGAAGAGUGGGAAUUGUUUCUCUCCAUCAGGAGAAGCUUCCCAGUGACUUAGAUGACAUGUUAAUUGAACGGUUGGACUGUGACAUGGAGUCAAUUAUUCGUAAUGACCUUAUGGAUGGAGAAACAUUAGAUUUUAACUUUGACAGUGUGUUGCCUAACCAAAGUUUUCCACACAGUGUAAAGACUACCACACACAGCUGGGUGUCGGGCUAGGAGUUAGUGCAAGGCUACAGUUUAAAGCUCUUCAGACUUGUCUGACAACAGGAACUGAGAAAAGUAGUCCAAAGAUGUCCUUCGCCCUUCUUUUAGUUUUCUUGAUAAAACUGUUCUCAUUUUUUCCUUUUGUCAGAAUUGGCAGCAAACAGACUUUUCCUGUACAGGAUGUUUGCCCAGUGUUUGCAGGUUAUGUGCUGCUGUAGAUAAGAACUGUGCCAUUGGAAAUUUCAUUACUCUGAAGUGCCAAAUUCACUACACCAUAUAAUCACAGAAAAUACUUUUUGCAUCAUGUUGUGCUUUCGGUUUUUGUACAGUAUGAGCUGUAGAUGGAGAAUUGUGUUUUUUUUUUUUUAAAUACCUAUUUGGUCCAAAAAAAACCUAAAAACUUUUUGUAAUACUGUGGUGGUCUCAUGCCCUAAGUAAGUUUAACUUUUAUUAAAGUUACCCGUGUUCUGCUGAACUGAUGAAUUGAGAUAAAUGUGGACUUUGUUUUGCAGCUGUAUGAACUGCCUUGUAUUUGUUAAAAUUGAUACACAUUUCAUAUGAGAAAAGAGAGGCCUGGUAAAUAAGAUCCAGCUAAGCUCAUUGAAUAGUCAAAUGUUCAAAACAAACAAUAGAUUAAAUGGCAAUUGGUAUGUUACUGAUCUUUUUAUUAUGUAAAUUUAUGCAGAGAUAUUUGUGGGUCUGAUUUCCAGAUUAAUGAAUGUUAUCGUUGGACUUGAGAGAAUAUUUGGAAUAGUUAUAAAGCUAUUUUGUUCUUAUAAUUAAAGUCUACUUUGUUAUAUAGCCUACCUAAAAAUUUGCAGAAUCUAAAAUCUGGCAGCAUUCAUAACCUUCAUUUAUACAGUAUUUUAACUGGAUGAAGUGAACAUUUUAAGAUAUUUGCUUAGCACCUUAGAGUGCUACUAAAGAAAGAGAAAAGCUUAAUGAGUACCUUGAAUACAAAACAUUUCUGUCCCAUAUUUUUUGGCAGAAGAGUGAUGUGUAUAGACAGACACUUUCCGUUUCAUGUUUAGGAAAUAUUUAAUCGGUUUUGUAUAUGCAUUUUUAUAAACUUCAUCAGCUUCUAUUACCAUUUUAACCCUGACUACCACAAAGUGUUAAGUAUUCAUUGUUAGAUGCUUGUACAGUGCUUCAUGUUGUAUUUAUUUCAUGGAGGUCUCAUAAUGUUUGUGGACUCAAAAGCAGGAUCUUUGUUUUAAGAACAUUCACAUUUUGAUAAAGUAAAUGACAGAAUUUCCAUUUGUAUUUAACAUUAGUUUUAGGGUCUGUCAGCAUUUUUAUCAUCACACCCUAUUUUAGGGGCGUUGAAAGUGCUACUAUAAAACUACAUGGGGGAUAAAAGUCCAUUAUAUAACAUUUCAGGGCAAGGACAUAUUUGUUCUCCAUUUCUGGGAGUGGGGAAGAUUAGUGAAAUAGCAAAGUUACAGAAACACAAGAGUUUUAAGGAGAAGGGAUAGCUUUAGUUACUAAGGCUUUGGUCCUGCAAACCUUUACCUUUAGGUGAUUAGGCCCAUUGACAGCUAUUUGGGGGUUUACAGGAUUGGGCCUUUACUUGGUAAAUAUUUGCUGUAUUUACAUAGUUAAAUUGUGUUUUGAGGGAUGAAUGGGGAGGUAAACCUGCCUGCCUGCCACUGAUUACUGCACAUCGUUUAUAUUAAAAAAGCAAAAACAAACCAAAAAAGUGAGGAUUUUUAUUUUGCACUUACAAUAUUUGCAAUUUUUACGAUCGUUCCAGGGAUGGAAAUGAAUUUUUCUGCUGUACUAUUUUCAAGUGAUCCAUAACUGGAAAGUGAUUAUAAUCCCAAUUUAGCUCCCAUCUUCUCCAUUGUCCUUCUCCAUGAUCAUUUGUGGGACGUGCCAGGAGAGAGAAGAUUAACAAAACAUAAAAAAGUCUAUGAUAUUAAUUACAGUGUGUGCUCAGUGCUGGCAGUUCACAAAAACAGCC